UGAAGAUAAGGAAAAUUUUCCCAUAAAAGACAAAAGUCAAGAGAUAACGCAGUUUUCCGAGCCACAACAGUCAUUGUCUUCUCAAAAUUAUCAUUGCAGCAAAUUCGAAGAUAAUAACUCACCAAAAGAAAGCUUAAACAACAAUAAUGACAAUUACAAUGAUAACAAUAACAAAUCUUUAACAAAAAUAACAACUGCAUUAGAAACACCAAUCAAUGUAGUCAACAACGCAUCACACAUUCCUGUAACGCCAAUUUGUAAUGACAAUCAGAAUGAUAACAAUAACAAAUCUUUAACAAAAAUAACAACUGCACUAGAAACACCAAUCAAUGUAGUCAACAACGCAUCACACGUUCCUGUAACGCCAAUUUCAAAAUCGAUUACCAUAAAAGGAGGUGUUAAAAGAUCUGCUUCACAAAGAUAUAACAAAUCAAUAGAACAAACUGAAAAGUUGGCGAACAUUUCGCAGAUAGAUAGCACAAUACGAAAAUCGUAUUACAAAAAAAAAUUAAAACUUUAUAAGAAGGAGUUAGCUCUGAAAGAAAGAGACGUCAUUGCCAAAGAAAAUAUAUGCACAUUACUGAAGCAAUUUGUGAAAAAAGCAAAUAAUAACUAA